AUGGUUCGCCCCACUAUUCACCACACUGUUGCAGCCAAACAGCAGGCCACGCGUGAGAAACGCAGGAGAUAUUAUAAAAAGCACCGAGACAUUAUCUUAUUGAGACAUCAUCUCUGUCGCACGAACAACACACCCUCCAUCACAGCCGAGUCUACUAACACGAAUGACCUGUCGAAUGACGAGGUCGACUUUGAGGCAAUUGUCACUCUAUCCGACUGUUUGGAGCUCGUACGCGAUGCGAAGAAUAAAGUCCUGCAAAUUGUUCCUUCCGCAGUACCCACAGUAUACGUCGAGGGUGUCCUUCGCGAAUAUGCUAUAUCAUUGUGCACCAGUGUCGUCGGGGACAUUGAGAUACUCGGGGAUGCAGUCAGGCGUGUUGAGCCCUAUUUGAUCUGGGCACAGCAGGGGCAGGAUAAAAUUUUUAACAUGUGUGGCAUAUGUGACGAAUGGCGCGCUGCUGAUGAGGUUUCUCGCUUCAUUGGGCAUUUGGUAGCUAUGCUAGAGGAUAUUUACACACUAGCCGUUUGGGGUGACCUCAAUAAGGCCUAUUUACUUGGGGAAACCAUGUACCAAAAAGUCUUGGGACUGGAGGCGCCUGGAGUCUAG